UCUUCAUCCUGCACAGCCAUAGCCCUCCUCAAGGAGAAGGAACCUGGCACCUUCCUUAUCCGGGACAGCAACUCCUUCCAGGGGGCCUAUGGGCUGGCUCUGAAAGUGGCAACACCUCCACCUAACAGCAUCAACCACUCUACCAAAGGAGACCCUGCUGAGCAGCUGGUGCGUCACUUCCUGAUCGAGACGGGGCCCAAGGGGGUGAAGAUCAAAGGCUGCAACAACGAACCCCAUUUUGGCAGCUUGCCAGCCCUGGUGUCCCAGCAUUCCAUCACGCCCAUCUCGUUGCCGUGCCGCCUCCGCAUCCCAAACAAAGAUCUUGUUAUGGAGAACCCCGAGCUGGCUGUUCCGACCAACAUGAGCACAGCUGCAGACCUGCUGAAGCAGGGAGCAGCCUGCAGUGUGCUGUAUCUGAGUUCUGUGGAAACAGAGUCCCUGACUGGUCCACAGGCCGUGGCUAAGGCAGCCACCAGCACCCUGAGCGCCACUCCCCGUGCUUCAGCCUGCGUUGUGCACUUCAAGGUGUCUGCCAUCACACUCACAGACAACCAGAGGAAGUUGUUUUUCCGGCGUCAUUAUCCCAUCAGCAGUGUCACCUUCUGCAGCACAGAUCCUCAAGACCGCAGGUGGGCAAACCCGGAUGGCACCACAUCCAAGAUCUUCGGCUUCGUGGCAAAGAAGCAGGGCAGCCCGUGUGAGAACAUCUGCCACCUCUUUGCUGAGCUAGAUCCUGAGCAGCCGGCUUCAGCCAUUGUCAACUUCAUCACCAAGGUCAUGCUGGGGACGCACCGGCGAUGAAAGGAGGCCAAACAGGCUCAGAUUGGGUGGUCCAAUUUCAUCCUCCCCAGUUGGACUACUGUUCUUCUAGAACCCCAAGAGGUGGAAUUCCUACUGAUGGAGAAGCUUUAACCGAGCAGGCUGGCUGAUGAAGCAGAGCAUUCUAGGAAUUUUCUUUCUCUCUUCUUCUGUCUCCCAUCUCUUUUAUCCAUUGACCAGCGAAAAGGGGGGGAAAGCUUAUGACAUAACCGCUGCCAAGCCCACCUAAGCCACUAAGGAUGUGCUGCUCUUUAACAUUUUCCUGCUAACAAGAAAACUUUCUGUUAAAUGGGAAUUAGCAGAAAGCCAGCCAGGUUCCUGUAAGUGGCAAGCUCCUGCGAUGCUCAGCAGAAGUAAACAAGGAAGUAAACAAGGAAGUGGUGAGUGCCAGAUGGUAUCCACUAGCAUCUCAUGCAAUCACAGAGUAGCCAGAGCUUGGAUUCCUCCAACUAGAUCGGGACGGGGCACAAAAAUGACUUUGAAGAUGGAAAUGGGCCAGUCUGCACGGCAGGACGUAACUGCAGAGCGGCUGCCUCGUUGCAAGGAUUUCAUUGGCAAGAGAGGAACAUGCCCUGCGUCAGAAAUCUGAUUAAAGGGGGGCACCUGGGGAGCAGCAGGUGUAGUUAAGGAGCAAGGAAAGGGUUUAAUUAGCUUGUAUUGACUCAUGCACAGGUAGCAUUUUGCAGCAGAGACACUACAGUUUCCCACCCUUUGCUAGUCUCUGAGCUUGUUGCAGAUGGUAAUCAACUUCCACCCAGCUUUUCACCUCCUGGGCUAGAGUCCCAGCAUUUAGCAAUAAUCCUGUGCUGAUAACCUGCCGCAGACUCCCGGUGGGGCUUUUAAGGCAAGAGAUGAGCUGAGGUGGUUUGCCGUUGGAUGAGCUGAGGUGGUUUGCCAUUGUCUUUCUCUGCAACAGUUAACUCAUCUUCCUCGCUGGUCUCCCGUCCAAGUAUUAACUUCGGCUGAUCCUGCUUAACGUCUGAGCUCUGACGAGAUUGGGCUAGCCUGGGCUAUCAGGGUGCAUUUGCUCAGCAGGGAAGGAAGCUUCAGCCGAAAGCUUCACACAUCC